UAACCCUAACCAAGUGUCCUUUGUGCCUAAACAUAACCAGACCUUAACCACAGAACUGUCACAUCAUAAACAGCGAGACAAGAAUAGCUUUAAGCGGGAGAGUUUCGUCAAUCCAGGGUUACCGUCUAGACACGACAGUUUUCGGUUGGUUUUUGUGAUUUCCUGGUGUGACGACACUGACCGUCGACGGGACACCAGGUAACCCGGGGUACCCAAAUCCGAGGAGGAAGAGAUGGAGAGCCCGAAUAACUUUUGUGCUGUGAAUUUAGCAGCUCUGUUGGUCUUCGUGCUGAUAUCAGCCUGUGUCCCGGUCAGCGCGUCAGCUGAACGGACGAAGACGGUGGAGUUCAACGUGAAACCGGGAGGAGUGGUGCACACGUUCAGCCAGGGCAUUCAGGAAUAUGAAUGCUCAUUCACGUACGCCUCACAAGGAGGAACCAAUGAGCAAUGGCUGAUGAGUGUUGGUCUGAGUGAUGACGACAGACUGUUUUCCUGCUCUGUGUGGAGGCCUCAGGGGAAAUCAUACCUGUUUUUCACUCAGUUCAAAGCAGAACUGAAGGGAACCAAAAUCGAAUAUGCCAAUGCAUACUCGCAGACAGCGGCGGCGGGACAGAGUGACGUGCCUUUGAAGCCGGAGGAAUUUACCGUAGGAGAAUCAACAGUGACCCACACAAGCGGAAAGUUCAACGCUCAACUCUCGAAACUGACUGCCAUCGGACGGACACGACACGAUGAGCUGUGAUUGGUCGGGAGUCUGACUUGGCUUUGGUCGUGUUUUGACCAAUCAGAGCACUCGAGGGAGCUCUGACUUGAGCCUGUGCGUCACAGCUCAAUGAAGGAUGGAUUUGGAGUUCUUCCUGAGUAACAACCAAAAAAAUUGAAGUUGGAUGAUGAUAUUGUCUUGGAAACGCUUUGUAUGUCAGUACAUUAAUCACCUGGUAUGUUCUUACAACACCGGAUUUACCCUCAAAAAAAUAGUCCUACUUUAAAUUCUGCCAUAAGAGAAAGUGCUUCCAUACAGUAGUUGAUUCUGAAGCUAUAAGACUUACAGAGAAUAAAUCUGUUCUGAUCCACUGGUGAUGUAGUGAAUGUAUAUAGAGGAUUGGAGACUGGGGGCUUAUAGAGUAUAGAUAACAUAUUUAGAGUAGGGAGGGAUUUAUCCAUCUUGUGUAAUCCCCAAUAUCAUCGCACACACAUAAACAAUUACAUGUUCCUCAAUCUCUCUCCCUGUUCUGAGCCGCUGUUGAGGAGAAAAACCUCGGUCUGUUUCUUCAUCUUUCUGUUUAUCUUCAUCUGCUCCAGAUAACUAUAAGCAGCGCAUUUGAUCCCCCCCCCCCUCGCCCUCGAUCAUCAAUGAGUACUACUUGUGAUAGGUUUUUGUUAUGUAUUUGGCCAGAAGGGAUACUUGUAAUACAGCAGAUAGCAGCUUCAUAACAUGGUAUUAAGAGAAAGAUAUACACAUGAUGACUGUAUUUUUGCAAUUUUUUUGAUAAAUCUUAAACAGUGUAAAUGUGAAUUCAUUGUAAAAUUCCCAAGUUUAGAAAAUAUGACAAAGUAAUGGGAAUAAAUGUUUUUUAUUUUAGUGAAAAUUACCUAAAUUGUGAUCAUUUUAAUUAGACACGAGUAGCAGGUGCUGCACCUAUCCCUUAUUUGUAAUAUUCUCCUUUCUAAUUUUAAAGUAUUUCAAUGACUUCACGCUAACGUUGUUUGAGCUUUAACCCAAAAAUACUCAAAUAUAGAGUGCGCACACACAUUUGGCUGGUAUAGAUGCCAUCACGUAUUCCUGAGCCCUUAUUGAACCCUUUGCUUUCAUCCUUCAGUGCCACAUGUGUGGAUCAGCGAGGAUCCUGCGCAGGUUUCUGAAGUACAUCAUUAUUACGCGUCCUGCUCGUCUCCCCGCUGUCUCUGCUCUCUUAUGUAGCGAGUAGGAUUGCCUUUAUCUUCCUGACAUUGAUCCAGCCCUCUUUAGAUCCGCACAAGUGUCCACAGGACGAGUUCUGGUGGAUUGAUUUCAGAUUUGAGGAUUUUGCUGAUUUGUUUCUGUGGUGGGAUUACUUGUGAGACUCGUACCUUUGUUUGGGUCUGGGUUCGGUUUCUCUCAUCUGUCUAGAGGUGAUCGUCAUGGCUCGAGGAAAUGCUCAGCAGGGACGUCUGUGUCCCUUUUGUCACCGACGAAGCUCCCUCUGGGGUCACACAACAGGAAAUAACCACGUCCAGAUGCUGAGCCAGAAUAGAAAAAAAACACACAAGAUGUUACUUAUUUUCUUUUCUUUUUUUUUUUUUCUACUUUCUUGAUGGUUUCUGAUUCAUGAUGAUACGUGAUGGAUGUUUCAAUAAAGACGCGUUGUCAGUGUUCUGGAGAUAA